GUCUCACUUGACACAUGUCCAUUGUGCGUGUGCUAACUUUAUCUCAUGCUGCACAGAUAGACUACUACUUUAUUUUUACCAUUUUUCUUUCACCUCAUAUUUGGUCUCAAAGGCUGAUACUAUGUGGGAAUGCAUAAAGGUUAUCGACUGGCCCAUACCUAGGACGGACGGAGUGCAUUGCAACCAGAAGGCCGACAGGUGGCAGCAGAGCGACAAGACACAGAACGUAACAGCAACAGGACUGAAGGAGGUGAAUGGUGUCAAAAGUUUCUACAGAACACAUCCCAAUGGAGAAAGAUGACCAGUUCAAAGGUGGGGAGGAGGAAGUGGAGGCAGAAAAGGAAAUAACUGAACAGCAGCAGGAUAAAAAUGACGAAGCGGCAGCGGACCUUGGGGAGAAUGUGCCCCUUUCACUACAGGAUGAGCCGGGAUCAGAACCUGCAGGGGAUUUGAUCCCACAGCCUCAUGCUGACGACCUUGAGGCUGACGAGGAAGCUGCAAUAAGCACACAUACCGAGCAGGAAAGCAUUCCCCAAGUACUGUCACCAGUUCUGCUUCCAAACUUAGCUGAGGAAGAAGAAGAUGAGCAGCCAGUGUUGGAUCCGAACGAGGAGGAAGAAUUUGUCGUUCUUGAUGCUGAACAUGAUGAGCCGGGAUCAGAACCUGGAGCUGAUUUGAUCCCACAGCCUCAAGCUGACAACCUUGGUGCUGAUGAGGAUGCUGCAGUAACCAUACAUACUGAGCAGGAAAACAUUCCCGGAGUACUGUCACCAGACCCACUUCCAAACUUAGUUGAGAAAAAAGAAGAUGAGGAGCCAGUAAUGGAUCCGAACGAGGAGGAAAAACUUGUUGUUGUAGAUGCUGAACAUGAUAAGCCAGGAUCAGAACCUGCAGGUGAUUUGAUCCCACAGCCUCAUGCUGACAACGUUGGUGUUGACGAGGAAGCUGCAGAAACCAUACAUACUGAGCUGGAAACCGUUCCCCGAGUACUGUCACCAGUCCCACUUUCAAACUUAGUUGAGGAAAAAGAAGAUGAGGAGUCAGUUAUGGAUUCGAACGAGGAGGAAGAAUUUGUUGUUCUUGAUGCUGAUCAUCCCUUGAUUGCAAAGAAGCAAGCUGCACUAAAGCAUCAACUCAUUACGGAACUCGAGAGGCUGACCGUGCAACUACAACAAGACACGGGGAAUGAGAAGGCUGAAUCAAACGAAACAGACGAAAUAUUUACGAGGUUGUACAGGGAACAACAAAGACUAAAAGCACUCCAGAUAAGGCUCGAGGACCAACAAAAGACCAAGGUCUUGGCUGAAAGCAAACAUAGGGAGGCUCAGGAUCAACUGGCGGCAAUAAAGGCUUGUCAUUCCAGCACUGCCAGUCAGAGUACCAAGACCAAGGCCAAUGUCUCCAAGCUGCAGACAGAGCUAGAAAAACUGUGGUUGCAUGUCGUCUUCACACAAGAAGCCACUGAAGAUCUGCAUUCCAAUGUAAAAGCCACUAAGAGUGCUACACGCAAAGUAGGAACCAAGAAGUCUCAGGCUGAAGAUGAGAAACACAAGCAGGAUAUGUAUGUAGAACGCCUUACGAAAGAAUUGGACAAACUAACACAACAGAUGGACAUAUAUGAAGCCCAGACCAACGCCCAGGCAGAGACAACACAUGCAACACAAGAGGCUCUUUCUGAGGCCGAAAUGCAAAUGGAAUCUCUGGCGAUGGCACAGAAACAGCUACUGCAGCAGUGGAACAGCAGCCUGCUGAGUAUGAGGAGGCAAGAUGAAGAAUUUGGCGUAAUACAGGAGGCUGUACGCAUGGCCGAGCAUCAAGUGAUCGUGCUGGACAGAGAGAUUGAAGGCAACAAGAAGUCCAUCUCUGAGCUGCAGGAGAAGAGCGAGACGUUGACUAUGCUGCUGAACUGUGCCCAGAUGGACUGUGAUGUCUCCAAAAAGCUGAUCAAUCAGAAGCAGACUCAGCACGAAGCUCUGCAAAACCAAUACAGCACGUACAUCCGUGCUCUUGGGGAGACAGAGCGCACCCUUGCAGACCUUACUAAGGAGGACAACGGCCUUCAAGCUGAGCUGACUGACCAGAGGAGAAAGCUGGAGAAAAACAGUAACAAGCAUCUGGAGUUAGAGGACCACAUCACGACCCAAAUGCUGCAGAAGCUGAUGGACAGCAAGGCUUCUCAGUACUAUAAGCGGCUAACCAGCAAGAAAGCCGCAGUCAAGAAAAAGAAGGUGUACCAGCUGUGGCAUUUGGAGAGUUCAGUAAUGGCUGCAGCGCUGCAGAGCAAUGUGAUCAAUGAGAAACUGGAAAACUUGGUCCGAACUCAGAAGGAGCUCGAUAUGGAGAUCACAAAGUACAACAAGGUGGUCACAUCCAACCAGGCUAACAGUUCCUCAAUUGAUAUACUCAUUUCACAGAAACAGACCACCAUCGCAAACAUGAACAAAAAAAUUGAUCUAAUUGCAGCUCGUACUGGGCAUGAAGACCUCAGUCCUCUGCAAAUUAAGGUUGAGAGAAUAAAUUCUGAGAUUGAGAAAUUAUCAGAGAAAAUCAAGAAUGAUCAGCAGAUAUGGCUGAAGCACCAAGGAACGCUUGUAGGGCUAACCCUAGAGAUACAGGCACACACCAAGGAAUACAACAAACUGCAGGCAAAGUUGACCAUGAUCCGUCAGAAGAAGGUUUACCUGCAGUGUCAGCUGGAUGUCUUGCACCGUGAGGAGAGUGACGUGGAGAAGAGCAAGAAGAUGCUUCAAAGAGACCUGCUGAAGCUCAACACUCUUCUUAGCAAGAACGCUGAGCUGCGCCACGCUUUGGAGCAGGAGAACAUGAUCAUGGAAACCAAGUUCCUUCACAAACUUAAGGAUGCAGAGCGAGAGUCCAUAGAGAUGGAGCUGAAAGUGGAGAACACCCAGGAAGCAAAGGAGAAACUUCUCAGCAGUCUGGUGGAGACCGAGCGUCAGAUCAUGCUGUGGGAGAAGAAGACCCAUCUAAUGAAAGAGACACGUUUAGUUGUGGAGGAGGGUCAGGGAGACAUUCGGAUAAUGAAGGACGACAUCCAUCGUAUGGAGCGGUGGCUCUACCACCUGACAAAGAAGCAAGAGCAGCUCCUCAGGGAGAGCGUAGCAGUGGUGGAAAGGAGAGGAAACAUCAUCGAGCGCAAUGAGAUCCUAGCUCGCAGUACGAAAAAGCUAAUCAUCAAGGGCGAGCUAAAUCUCAUGAAUGACGGCUUGCGACGGAAGAUCAAGGAAACACAGAAGCUGGUGAAAGAGUAUUCUCAGGAGAUCAGGGAACUCCAGGAGGCCCAUGAAGAAUUCCAUAGGAAGUCAAAGAAGAUUCAGGAAAUGAUGGAUGGCACUCCAGCUUCCACUGCUUCACUUGAAGUGACUCUUCAGAGCGAGAUGGAGCGAGUGCACAAAGUCAGCACAAUCAUUCACCGUGUGUGGGCAGAGAUGCCCAAAUACCAAGGAUGUCUCUGGAAGGUGUUGCGAUCACUGGCAGAAUACACGGAAGCUGAGGCAGAAGCCAGUCAAUGAGGGGACAAAAUAAGCAGCAGUGAAGACAAGGGCAGUGGCUGAUGUUGAUGCUAAUUUAAUUAAAUUGUUUUCUUCUUCCAUGUUAAUAAAUGUCAUCGAAUCAGGGCUCAAUCAUACGAUAAAAAUCAGAUCUGAAUCGGAUAUGGGGCUGAGCUUCGUUCUACUCCGGAGUUGCUGGGACAGCCACUGGGGGUCCUAGCUCGCUGGCUCACUGCCUACCUGCUGGGUCAUCCACAGUGGCCAAGAGAGUCCCUUCCCUGUGCUCUUGGGUAACAUCAUUCGGUCCUUUUACAACCAAAGCUGCUUCGCAUUUCCGGCAGUAAGUCGAACCAAGGCCCGUUCUUUUGAUUAAGGAAGAUGUAGUCACCGAUGGAAUUCCAACUGGAUUAUUAAUGUACGAUAUCUAUGACACCCUUAUUUUGUUUACACAAUUAGACAAGAUGUAAGGCAAACGGCGCUCUUAUUUUGGAGGCCGGUAGUGUGUUCUGUGUGUGUUGAGAAUGUCUGUGUACAGUUAAGGUGAGCUGCAUGCAAGAAUAAACGUGCCUCGUCUUUUUUCACUCAGACCUUGCACAUCGUCAGCGGGUAUUGUGAAAACGCUCCUUACAUUAAAGAGGUAAAACACAACACGGACCAAAUGCACUCAACCAGCCUGAGUGACACACACACAGUUGCAAUAGUAUGCUCUGCUAAAUUAAGCUGACCCUGCUAGCUUCGAUUCACGCUAUAUUCACGUGUUUUAGGUCGCCAUUUUGACGUGUUUAGUUCAGGAAGGGGCGGUUUAUUUGUGAUGAGAUUCCGCCAUGAUUUAGCGCUCCGCCAGGGAAAUACUUCCCCACACAAACGUUCCUUCUCCUCACGGUGACAGCAUUUCAUUCACAUUAUGUCAAUUUCCGUGACCUUCCGCGUUUAACAGUAAAUUCGUUUUUUAUUGACCAAUUCCUGACAAACAACUGUUUGUAUUGUCACACCGCAGUUGUUUCACAAAUUUCUUCUCAACAUGAAAACCCCUUAACUACAAUUAAAACCCAGCUCUACGCACAUCUAUUCCUUGGAAAAAUUGCAUGACGGGGGUCCAUGGAGGGCAAAUGAUUUUAAAACAAUUGAGCAAAAUAAAUGCUACAAUUUAACCAGAAUAUCUGAACAAAUUCGAACGCUACGGAAUUAAGGGGGUGGUUCUGAACUGGAUGAAAAGCUACUUAACAAACAGGAAGCAAAAUGUGGCGCUCAGAGACCACACAUGUGCAUGCCUAACUAUAGCUUUUGGUGAAUCUUGUGGUAUGCCCAGUCGGGAGGAGGCCCCGGAGACCGGGAAGUCUGGACGUCCCUACUGAGACUGCCGCCCCUGCGACCCGCACCUGGAUAAGCGGAAGAAAAUGAAUGGAUGGAUGGAUAUUUUUGGCAAUAAUUUUCAUCGAUAAGCGUACAGAA